UUUUUAAUUUCUUUAACUACAAAACUUGUCUGAGAAAGCUGCUACGGAAUCAACCAAAAUACAUACAUAGAGAAAGUGUGUGCACAGGAUAUAAGAGCAUGCAACACUCUUUCCACUUUCAAGAAACAGUAAUAUUUGCAGACUAUUUUUAAAUUUUUUUAAAAGAAAGAGAGAAAAAGGGGUAUUUUUUUUUUUUAUGAUGACCACUUUCAUUGAAAGGUCGGUUUCUUUUGAUGCAAAAAAAAGAAAAAUUAUAGCUAAGACCCCUCAUGCUUUGAUACGCGUGCUUUGAUGGGGUUCAUUCUUUUUUACUUAUAAUUUGCAAAUUUGUUUUCUUUUUUUGAAAAUAUAUUUGGUUUGAUGGGGUUGUUAUAGUAAGGCCCACUUAGAUUUUUCAGACCCUUUUUGCAGGGUGGUGUUUGUUCUUUGGUUUUGGAUUAUUUGGGCAUGUUCUCUGUCCAAUUAGAUUGUUUUCUUGUAUAUUAACUUAGAUUCUCUUCCCUCAGCUUUGUUUCUUUAGUUUUAUGGUGUCCUUUAGUAUGUUUUCAUUCCUCUGAAGAAUCAUAAUGAGGAAUGUUAUGUCCUUUGGUGGGUUGGUAGUUAUGUUAGUUUUUAGUUGUGUGAACUAAGAAAGAUGUCAUCUUGUUGACUACUGAUUGGUGGGUAGUGGGAUUAUUCUUUUAAAGAUGGGUUCUUUGGUUUUGUGUUUGGGGUUAAUGUAAAGGAAAUUUUAGAGGUUUUUUAUGGGUUCUGUUGAAGAAAAGAUCAAGCCUGGAAGUUUGGUUAGUGGAGCACAUACUCUACUUGAAGAAAUGAAAUUAUUGAAAGAAAUGCAGGAUCAUACUGGAGCAAGGAAGCUAAUAAAUUCAGAGUUAUGGCAUGCUUGUGCUGGGCCACUUGUAACAUUGCCUCAAGUUGGAAGUCUUGUGUAUUACUUCCCACAGGGGCACAGCGAACAGGUAGCAGUUUCCACAAAUCGAACAGCAACUUCACAGAUACCUAAUUAUCCAAAUCUUGCUUCUCAGUUGUUGUGCCAAGUUCACAAUGUCACCCUACAUGCAGAUAAAGAGACAGAUGAAAUCUAUGCCCAAAUGAGCCUCCAACCUGUGAAUUCUGAGAAAGAUGUCUUCCCCAUUCCAGAUUUUGGACUGAGGCCUAGUAAGCAUCCAACUGAGUUCUUUUGCAAAACUUUGACUGCCAGUGAUACAAGCACACAUGGUGGAUUCUCAGUUCCUAGGAGAGCAGCAGAAAAGCUGUUUCCACCCUUGGAUUACUCAAUGCAACCUCCAACUCAAGAGCUUGUUGUACGAGACUUGCAUGAUAAUACUUGGACGUUCCGUCACAUAUACCGCGGGCAGCCAAAGCGACAUCUUCUCACAACCGGAUGGAGCAUGUUUGUUGGAGCAAAACGCCUUAGAGCUGGUGAUUCUGUUCUAUUUAUCAGGGAUGAGAAGUCGCAGUUAUUAUUGGGAGUGAGGCGUGCUAACCGUCAGCAAACUUCAUUGCCGUCUUCAGUUCUGUCUGCUGAUAGUAUGCAUAUUGGAGUACUUGCUGCUGCUGCCCACGCUGCUGCUAAUAUAAGCACAUUUACAAUAUUCUAUAAUCCCAGGGCAUGUCCUUCAGAAUUUGUUAUUCCUUUGGCCAAAUAUAGAAAAUCUGUUUAUAACACACAACUAUCAGUUGGUAUGAGGUUUGGAAUGAUGUUUGAAACUGAGGAAUCGGGUAAACGCAGAUAUAUGGGCACUAUUAGUGGCAUUAGUGACUUGGAUCCACUGAGAUGGCCUGGUUCCAAGUGGCGGUGUCUUCAGGUAGAGUGGGAUGAACCUGGAUGUGGAGACAAGCAGAAUAGAGUUAGUCCAUGGGAAGUUGAGACACCAGAAAGUCUCUUCAUAUUUCCUUCCCUAACCGCAGGCCUCAAACGACCUUACCAGUCUACCUUUUUAGGAGCACAAACUGAGUGGGACAGUUUGAUGCACCGCCCCUUCAUGCGUGUUCCUGAAAAUGUAUAUGGCGAUCUUCAAAGUUCCUCGAUCUCAAACUUAUGGUCAGAACAGCUAAUGAAGAUGCUUAUAAGACCUCCUGGCGUUUCCGGUCUUCAAUCUGUGGUCCCCACAAUACAAGACGUUAAGGUUGCGCUACCUCAAGAAGCUCCGAAUGUAAUACAGGCAGCAGGAAACCCGAAGCGCGAGUUAAGUACUGUAGAAGAUACAUGUGCACAAAGUGAAACAAAUUCUCAAGUCAUCCUCAAUCAACCUACUGUCGUCAACUCUAUAUCUUCACUACAAGCAACUAUGCAGGAAAAGUCUCGACUACCACAAAAAGUAGGAACUGACACUGUAGGAGUAAGUUCUGAGCUAAAAAAAGAAACUAGUGCUUCAUCAGAUAAGUUAGAUCAGUUUCAGUCCCUAGACAAAGUGCCUAUAAAGCCCGCAAGUCCACAUAAUCCUUCAACUGAUGCAACAGCUUCCCACCAGAACAGCUUAUCUCAAUUGCAAGCUAGUCCGUGGCUCGUCCAGGCACAGUUGGAGUCACAAAUUCCAUAUAACUCUCAAAUUGUGUCUGCUGGUUCCAAUAAUAUCCUUCAAUGCUCCAAUAAUAAUGAGUGGAAUCUGCCCACUUUGACGAAGCAUGACCGUUCUUUGAUGUUGCCUGAUACUGUGGGUCCCGGACUAGCGUCAGUAGGUCAGGAUUUGUGGGAUCAUCAGUUGAAUGACGUGAAGUGCUUUUCCCAGACAAACCUUCAGGGUCCACUAGACAUAACUAACAUGCAGUUCCUACCUGAUUCAUAUGGUUUUAAAGACUUAUCAGAGGAGAGCCAUAAUCAAAGUGAUAUAUAUAGUUGUCUUAAUUUUGAUAGUAACAGUGGGAGCACAGUGAUCGACAAUUCUGUUUCGAGCACAGUAUUAGACGAGUUCUGCACUUUGAAACAUACUGAUUUCCAGAAUCCUUCAGAUUUUCUAUUAGGCAACAUCAGUUCUAGUCAAGAUGUUCAAUCUCAGAUUACAUCAGCUAGCCUUGCAGAAUCUCAGAAUUUCUCUGUAGUACAAGAUUUUGCUGACAACUCGGGUGGCGCAUCAUCAAGCAAUGUAAAUUUCGAUGAAUGCAAUCUUUUGCAGAAUAGCUCAUGGCAGCAAGUCGCUCCACGUGUACGGACAUACACAAAGAUACAAAAGGCUGGAUCUGUAGGCAGAUCAAUUGAUGUCUCCGGUUUUAAAAAUUACGAUGAACUGCGGUCUGAAAUUGAAAGAAUGUUUGGACUUGAGGGAUUGCUGAAUGACUCACGAGGCUCAGGCUGGAAGCUGGUGUAUGUGGAUUUUGAGAAUGAUGUACUUCUUGUUGGUGAUGAUCCUUGGGAGGAAUUUGUUGGAUGUGUUCGAUGCAUUAGAAUUUUAUCGCCUACAGAAGUCCAGCAGAUGGGAGAGGAAGGGAUGCAGCUAUUGAACUCUGCCGGACUGCAGGGCAUAAAUGGCACAUCAGAAUUUCCAAACUGAGCUCAAAACAAGUGAUCUAUGAGUUCACAGUGAUUGAUCACUAAAAUGCAAAGUAAUGUUGUUGAGCAACUUAAGAAGACGAUGAUUUACUAGGUUUCUGUUAUUAGCUUCUGCUUUUGCAGAGUUGGAUUUGUAAUUUGUGAGUGUUGACCCUGUAAGAAACAGCUUUAGCAUAUUGAACUUUGCCUUCCACA